CACUCUUCCCCUCCCCUCCUGCAGUCGGGUGCUGUUUUUGUUGUUGGUGAAAGGUGAGGGGAACAGCUGAUCCGCCUGCGGGGACAGCAGGCAUCUUGAGGGCAGGAUGGAAGAGUCAUCCCUAAACCGGGCACCAUCCCGGGGUGGAGUCAACUUCCUGAAUGUAGCCCGGACCUACAUCCCCAACACCAAGGUGGAAUGUCACUACACUCUGCCUCCAGGCACCAUGCCCAGUGCCAGUGACUGGAUUGGAAUUUUCAAGGUGGAAGCUGCCUGUGUUCGGGACUAUCACACAUUUGUAUGGUCUUCAGUGCCGCAAGAAAGUACAACUGAUGGUUCCCCCACCCAUGCUAGUGUCCAGUUCCAAGCCAGCUACCUGCCCAAACCAGGAGCCCAACUCUACCAGUUCCGCUAUGUGAAUCGCCAGGGCCGGGUGUGUGGGCAGAGCCCCCCAUUCCAGUUCCGAGAGCCAAGGCCCAUGGAUGAGCUGGUGACCCUGGAGGAGGCUGACGGAGGCUCUGACAUCCUGUUGGUUGUCCCUAAGGCCACUGUUCUUCAGAACCAGCUGGAUGAGAGCCAGCAGGAACGGAAUGACCUGAUGCAGCUGAAGCUGCAAUUGGAGGAUCAGGUGACAGAGCUGAGGAGCCGAGUGCAGGAGCUGGAAACAGCUCUGUCCACUGCCAGGCGGGAACAUUCGGAGCUCACAGAACAAUACAAGGGCCUCUCUCGGUCCCAUGGGGAGCUCACAGAAGAGAGAGACAUCCUGAGCCAGCAGCAGGGAGAACAUGUGGCCCGUAUCCUGGAAUUAGAGGAUGACAUCCAGACCAUCAGUGACAAAGUGCUAAGGAAGGAGGUGGAGCUUGACAGGGUUAGAGACACAGUGAAGGCCCUGACUCGGGAACAUGAGAAGCUCCUGGGGCAGCUGAAGGAAGUCCAGGCAGACAAGGAGCGGAGCGAGGUGAAGUUUCAGAUGGUCCAAGAGGAGAACUGCCGCUUAACGGUAGAGCUGCAGGAGGCCAAAGGCCGGCAAGAAGAGCAAGGUGCUCAGGUCCAGAGACUGAAGGACAAGGUGGUCCACAUGAGGGACGCCCUGACCCAAACCCAGCAGAAAGUGGCCGAGCUGGAGCCUCUGAAAGAGCAGCUUCGAGGGGUCCAGGAACUUGCAGCCUCAAGCCAACAGAAAGCCACCCUUCUUGGGGAGGAGUUGGCCAGCGCAGCAGGAGCCAGGGACCGCACCAUCGCGGAGCUCCACCGCAGCCGGCUGGAAGUGGCUGAAGUCAGUGGCCGACUAGCUGAGCUUAGCCUGCACAUGAAGGAGGAGAAGUCCCAAUGGAGCAAGGAGCGUGCAGGACUGCUGCAAAAUAUGGAGGCUGAGAAGGACAAAAUCCUGAAGCUGAGUGCAGAGAUCCUGCGGCUGGAGAAGACAGUACAGGAGGAAAGGAGCCAGAGCCACAUAUUCAAGACUGAGCUGGCCCGAGAAAAGGAUUCCAGCCUGGUGCAGUUGUCAGAGAGCAAGCGAGAGCUGACAGAGCUGCGCUCAGGUCUCCGCGUGCUUCAGAAGGAGAAGGAGCAGCUGCAGGCGGAGAAGCAGGAGUUGCUAGAGUACAUGAGGAAGCUGGAGGCCCGUCUGGAGAAAGUGGCAGAUGAAAAGUGGAACGAAGAAGCUGCCACAGAGGAUGAGGAGGCCACUGCUGGGCUAAGCUGCCCUGCAGCUCUGACAGACUCAGAGGAUGAGUCCCCAGAGGACAUGAGGCUCCCAUCCUAUAGCUUGUGUGAGCAUGGAAACACAGGCUCCUCUCCUCCUGGGCUCCGGGAGGCAUCUUCCCUUGUUGUCAUCAACCAACCAGCACCCAUUGCUCCCCACCUCUCAGGGCCAGGGGAGGACAGCAGCUCUGACUCAGAGGCUGAAGAUGAGAAGUCAGUCCUGAUGGCAGCUGUGCAGAGUGGGGGUGAGGAGGCCAGUCUUCUGCUUCCCGAACUCGGCAGUGCCUUCUAUGACAUGGCCAGUGGCUUUACAGUGGGUUCCCUGUCAGAGGCCAGCACUGGGGUCUCAGCCACCCCUCCAUGGAAGGAAUGUCCUAUCUGUAAGGAGCGCUUCCCUGCUGAGAGUGUCAAGGAUGCUCUGGAGGACCACAUGGAUGGACAUUUCUUUUUCAGCACCCAGGACCCUUUCACCUUUGAGUGAUCUCACACCUCCCUAGUGUGUACACAUGCACACAUGCACACGCACACACAUGCACACGCACACACAUGCACACGCAUACGCACACGAGUUUGGGCUCAUGCCUACUUUCUAUCACACUGGGCUCUGUAAUAUUCUGUUCCUUCAAACCAUGCCUGCAUCCCGCUUUCAUCCCAAGCUUUAUAACUCCAUCCUCCAUCCUGACUCCUCUGUCCCAGGCAGGGAUCUGUCUUGGAAGCAGUGGCUGAGUUUACUCUCUGAAAACAGUUUGGAGGAACCAAGAUGAAGGGGGUUUUCCCCUGUGGGGACAGAAUUAUCCACUGCUAGCCCAAGUAUACAGCUACACACACACACACACACACACACACACACACACACACACACACACACAAAACACUCCCUUCUGAUGCCCCAAAGCCAACUCCUGGGGCACCCUGCUCUCCCUUAUUCAGAGUUUGUUUGUUUACUCGAGUUUUGUCUGGGGCCUGCAUGGAGGUAGCAGCAUGGGUUCAUGACCUCGUGGGGUCUUUUCAGUUCUUGGCUUCACUGAUUCUGUCACCUGUUGCUUUUCCCACCUGCCCUGGCCUUUCCCAUAUCCUUAGGUCCUAAGUUUGGAAGUUUCUUUUGUAUUUUUAAGGAUUCCUGUACUGUCUCAUGCCACCCCACACCCAAAUCUUCAAAUGGAAAAGAUAAUGUAUUUGUGCCUUUCAUGAGGGAUGGGGGGACAAGGGUUCCCAGGUGUCCCCAUUUCCCAGCCCCUCACCCUCCCCAGACCCCCUACAGCAAUAAGAGCUCCCCCUCUCCCUUAAACUGCCCUCUUAUCUGUAGUUUGGACAAAUAUAUUUAUAUGAUACGUGUAA